GGAUUCAAGAUGGAAAUACUUACUCUUGGGUUUAUGUGUUUACUGUGGAUAUAUGUCUCUGCCUCUCCAUGUGAACCUGGCCAACGUACUUACAAAGGCAAAUGUGUUGUUGAUAAUGAGUGUGACGAGACCCCUGGUAUCUGUGGAAUCAACACAGACUGCUUCAACACGAAUGGCAGCUACUACUGUCAGUGUCAUCGUGGGUACAUAAAUAUUGGUGGGAAGGUUAACUUUACAGACACUGAUGGGACGUGCACGGAUAUCAAUGAAUGUUUUGAAGAUAAGAACAUCUGCGGUUCUGUUGCUACAUGCAAAAAUAUGAUUGGAACGUACGACUGCACCUGUCUGUCCGGAUAUAUCAGGACAAAUAACAGAGAAUGUGAAGAUAUAAAUGAGUGCAGGGAAGCUGAAACUGACGGGGAGAACAUCUGUGGAGAAAAAGGCACUUGUAAGAACAUUAAUGGGAGUUAUUGGUGCGUGUGCCCUCAAGGAUAUACCAAUUAUGGCAACAAAAGGACCCCAUGCUCAGAGCUCAAUUGUACCAGCUUCAGUAACGACAGCAGGCCUGCAGCGUCGUUGGUAGGCCUAGUGGACAUUCUGUCGAUAAUGAGAAACAGCUGUCUGGCUCUGUCCAACUCAGCCUCUUCUGGGGAAGGGAAUGCUGAUGGAGAGGUGUUACUUGAGAAACUUCUCAAAGCAACUGUGUCGAUCCUGUCUCCUGGACCUCUGGUCAGCAUGGAAAGUGUGAGCAGUCUGCUGUGUGCCAUGGUGGACUCUAUUUUACUGAUUGGUCCUCAACUCAAAGCCAACGCAACCAAGAUGGAGACCACAGAGACAGGGGUACAAAUUGCUGUUGAAAGAGGAAAGAACCGACCAACUGGACCAAUCCAUCUGACCAAUGACUAUGCUACUCUCAGUACUGACUGGGAUACGGUGCUUGGGAUGGGACCAUACCCUGGUUUUGCUAUGGCUGCAUUGUUGAGCUACAAGAACCUUGAGGAAUCUGUGAACAGAUCUUUUGAGAGGCUGAAAGAACAUGGGAGGGGUGGUGUGUCCUUCCAGGUCUUCUCCAAAGUUGUGUCUGUUGUGGCAUCAAACCCAUCCCCUUGGAACCUGCAGAACUCUUUCAAUAUCACCUUCAGGUAUUUGCAGAAAGUAGAAUCCCCUGAGGUGAGGUACAUCUGUGUACACUGGAAUAAAAGAGGGGUUUGGUCCACCGAUGGUUGCAAUCAGCAACAGUCUAAUGUCACCCAUAUCGUGUGUUCAUGCAACCAUCUGAGCAGCUUUGCUGUGCUGAUGGCACUUGAGCACACCUUUGGACUUCUGGUAGUGACCAAGAUUGGACUGAUCAUCUCCUUGGUGUUUCUGGCACUAAGCAUUCUGACGUUUAAGUUUUGCCGUUCCAUACAAGGAACCCGCACCACCAUCCACCUGCACCUUUGCAUCUGCCUCUUCAUGGCUGACCUCGUCUUCCUGACUGGCAUUUCUCAAAUUAACCCUGAGGGUGGCUGCAGGUUUGUUGCAGCGUUGCUCCAUUUCUUCUUUUUGGGCGUGUUUGCCUGGAUGCUGUUAGAAGGGGUGCAGCUCUACCGCAUGGUUGUCCUGGUGUUCAAUGCCACAAUUCGGCCCCUCUACCUUUAUCUCACUGGUUAUGGAACACCUCUCGCUAUCAUCAUUGUAUCAGCCAUCAUCCGACCAAAGGGAUACGGCACUGACCAGCACUGUUGGCUGUCGCUGAAAGACGGUCUCAUCUGGAGCUUCUUCGGACCUGUGUGCGUCAUCAUCGUCCUGAAUGUCUGUCUCUUCAUCGUCACUGGCUGGAAACUCGCCCAGAAGUUCACCAGCGUUAACACAGACCUCUCCAAACUGCAGAAAACUAAAGCUUUCGCAGUCACAGCCAUAGGCCAGAUGUCCAUACUGCAUCUGAUGCGGGUGUUUGGAUCCCACUUGUUCCAAGAGGACACAACAGUGGUGGUGUAUAUUUUUACUGUCCUCAACAGCCUGCAGGGUAUCCUGGUCUUCAUCAUUCUCUGCCUGCUGUCUAAACAGGUGAGAGAUGAGUAUGUCCACUUCCUCUCCUGUAUCUGCACACCACAGAAGUCCAGCAGUGAGUCACGUGGUUCUCGGAGUGGGCGGCACACACAAGAGUCACAGAUAUGAAGAGCCUUUUACACUCCUUCACAGGCUAACUUUACUCUUUUAACGCUAAAUGUUUGACUGAUUUCUAAUAGGAAUUACAUCUUUCUCUUUGUCGCCUAUAUGCCAGAUUAAACAAUUUACAUUUAUUGCUAAAUCUGUCACUUUGGACACACCUAAAGGUGGUGUAAGAUUUGUUAUUCUGGAAAGACUGUAUAAAAUAGAUGGACAUGGCCAUAUUGACAGUGUUUGUUGGCUCCCUCUUCUCAGUGUAAUGUGAACAUUAACAAUUAAGUCAGUAAUUACCCAUCAAAGGUAUAUUUUACUGAGGUUAAAAAUCAAGUGAAAAGUGGAAUCAUUUUCCUGCAGACUUCUGUGGAAAAUAAUUUUUGCAGUGACAGAGGGGGCUUCAUGCAGGUCAUUAGAAGGUGCAUUUAAGGCAUUUCCGCUGUGUGAAGCUUCAUCCAUCUUUUUAUACAGUCUGUUAGAUAAGGGCAUAUAUUUAUAUAAAAUGCACAAAACUAUACCUAUGCUUCUGAGCUAUUCAUGUUUUUGUUUUGUUUUUCUA